UACUUUUUUUUUUUUUUUUUGCUGAAGGCAGAUCUUUUAUCAUUUCACAUUAUAUUCAGAAAUUUUCUAUGCCCUGUUUACUAACAUCUUUAAGCAAAAUGCUAUUAAAUUUCCCAUUAACAGGGACACUAAUAUAAGGUUAAGAAUGAUUCCCAUAUCACAUCUUCCCCACACCUGACAUAUAUUUCUUACAGGAGUGCAUGUGCUAAUUUGCCUACUUGAAUCAUAUUUGGGCAUGUGCGAGAUCAAAUUGCUGUAUCAAGCUGGAACAAUAUGCUGCUCUUAAAGUGCAGUGCCUGGGGCUUUUUCACAUGCACACUGUUUUUGCAUAGCACACAGAAGACAGAACAUGCCAAGUUCUGAGCCACGUACUUCACAUCAUAUGGUUCACCCAUAUUUCCAUAAUGCUCCAGUUGUAAGCAGUGUUGUGGCCCAAAAUUAUCCCCACUGGUUAAAAAGACUGUUCAUUGCUGGUAUUGCAGGCAGCCUGCAGUGUAAACAUCAGGCAGAGGAGGGAUAGUGCACAGCAGUUUAACUCUUUCUUGGCUGGAGUGUUGAGCCUUGAGAAUAUGAGAGGGCAGGAGGAGGUGGGGGUAAGAGCUUGUUUGCAUUUUGUCUCUGAAAUGAACAUGUGCAACCAUGUCCAAGGGUUAGCUGAGGGAGACCCUUGAUGGAAGCUUGAGCCAUGUGAUUCCAUCCGGAGGAAAAACAAGCCAGUUGGUUGUUUGUGGUUCGUUGUCAGUUGCGCAAAUUUGCAUACGAAUUGGCCAGCAGAUAUGGCUGCAAAUAUCCAGAUGUAUGGGAUGCCACCAAGAUGGCGGGAAAGGACUGGCUCACCUCCUUCCUUGAACGCAACAAUACAUUGUCUAUUCGCCGACCUCAAGCCACCAGCAUGUCCCGUUCCACCAGCUUCAAUAAAACAAAUGUGACUGCUUUUUAUAACAACCUGCAGACAGUUCUUGCCCGCUACCUUUUUGAAGCAAAGGACAUUUGGAACGUGGAUGAAACAGGUACCACGACAGUCCAAGUGCCAGAUAAAAUAAUCGCCACCAAGGGGAAGCGCCAGGUCGGUGCAGUGACCUCUGGGGAGAGGGGGACAUUGGUCACCACUGCCCUUGCAGUAAAUGCACAAGGCAAUUGCAUUCCCCCGUACUUCAUCUUUCCCAGGAAGAAGUUCCAGGACCACUUUGUGAGAAAUGGUCCCAUUGGCUCUCAUGGUUCUGCAAAUAGCUCAGGCUGGAUGCAGGAUACAGACUUUCUGGCCUUUCUCCAGCACUUUGCCAGACACACCCGUGUGACCCUGGAGUCGAAGGUGCUUCUCCUCCUCGACAAUCAUUGGUCACACCUUUCUGUGGCAGCAAUUGACUUUUGUCGGUCAAACGGCAUAGUCCUUCUAUCGUUCCCACCCCACUGCUCACAUCGUCUCCAGCCACUUGACAGGAGUGUCUUUGGUCCACUGAAGCGAUAUAUAAACACGGCAGCAGAUCACUGGAUGAGAACACACCCUGGAAAAUCUUUGACCAUCUAUGAAGUUCCAAGCCUAGUGGCCACAGCUCUGCCACGAGCAGCGACACCCAGAAACAUAACGUCUGGCUUUGUGUGCACUGGCAUCUGCCCCUUUAACCCAGAUAUUUUUGAGGAGCAAGACUUUUCACCUGCCUAUGUCACCGACCGCCCUUUUCCUUCACUGGUACCAUGUGGUCCCACACCACAUUCCAACAAACACCCACUUAGCCAGAGCCUGUUUGAGGGAGGGCUGCUGCCAGAGUAUCCUGGUGGUUCAACCAGGGACGCCUGUUUAGAGUCUGCCAUCCCUAACCACCCAGCUGUCUGUUCAGGCAAGAUAAAAUAAGAUAGAACUU